AUGCCGUGUUGUGCCGCUGACUUCCAUGGACUGGUGUUACUGAGUUUGCACCACUUGAUAGCUAGGGAAGCUAACCUCGUCUUUAGAAACAGCACUGAAAGACAAGGCAGUGGCAGGCCCAUUGCAGACUCAAAAGCAAACUUGGACCUCAGAGACCCUUUCCGCCGUCCCAUCCAUAGUGUUACUGCUGCUGUUACCCGGAAUUACAAACAUCUGAGGAAGAGUCAGGAUAUUGAAGACUCAGAGAAUAACACUCCCGAGCCUGUUGCAGAUGAUUACAAAAAGAUGGGAACACUGUUUGGUGAACUGAACAAAAGCCUGCUCAGCAUGGGCUUCACGAGGAUGUACUUUGGAGAGCGGACUGUGGAGCCAGUCGUAGUCAUUUUCUUCUGGCUCAUGCUGUGGUUCCUCGGCCUGCAAGCCCUGGGACUGGUGGCUGUUCUGUGCCUUGUGAUUAUUUAUGUACAGCAGUAAAACAUGCUCUGCUGAACUAUUGGACAUUUGAUAACCAUGUAUGUAAUACAUGAACUUUUGCAUUUUGGCUUUUUGAAAGACAGAAAAGUUUGACUUGUUUCAGGUUGUGUGCUGGCUGUUUUGUAAUUAAAUUUUUAAGUAAUUGUUUAAAACUAACUCUUGGUGAUGACAAAUUUGGAUAUAUAUUUUGAAUACACAUUAGCUUAUUCAAAAUUCUUGUUUCACUCCUGUCAUCUGUACCCACUUUUAUACACCUCUGUCAUCAUACCACAUCUUAACACUGCCAGACAGUGAGCAGGGAAAAUAAUACACGAAGUUCAAAUCAGGCAAUGUAGCUUCUAUAAAGUGUUCUAGUAAAACAUUUUGGAAGAAAGAGGAAGUGAGCUCAAAAGUUUUAAUUGGAAAGCUGUACCACCUCCCGUGUGUUAUGUGAGAAACAUCUGUGUUGGUACUGUCCCUGCUCAGGGCAAACCAAGACAAAUGACGCUCAUCAUACACUACCUACUCGGUGGCAAAGAUGAACAAAGCUCGCGCAUGUUCUAAAGAUGGAAGAGAUUAUGUUUAUUAUUGCUGGAGAAAAUUCUCAGGUUACUUUUUGUUAAUAUAAUACCUGGACCUGGAGUUUCUUCAGUUUAUUAUUUGACGUUUUAGAUGAUUUUGGUGCUAAUUACUUUUCAUGAGUUUUUGAAGUCUCAAAAGCUAAUUCCACAGUGGCUGCACCCUGUGGUAAUACACGGUGUGUUGUAUCCAACAAGUUGCACAUUUUUCCUAGAGAGACAUUUUCAGUGUAUUUUUUUCAAAUUUUUAUUUUAUAGUUUUUUAUAACAAUUGUUCUAAGAUUUAAAACAAUAUAUUUACUAUCUUAACAUGGAUUUUCUCUCUCCCCCACAAAAAAUUGAUCUGUAAUUUACAGUUAGUCUGAUAAAAAAUUCAAAUCAGGGCUGGGGACUUAGCUCAGUGGUUCUACCACCUGCCUUGCAAGUGCAAG